UCAUUCUCUAUGGUAUACACAGCCACAAGGACCUGCAACUUCAUGAGUAGGGUUGCGUGAGAUUACUAGUAUAUUCGUGAUUUCUCACUGGUUAUAAUUCAUAUCAAAACGUUGAAUUGGCUGUGGGCACCAUGCAUCAUUGGGUGUUCAGCUGACUUGACAACAUUAACAUCGUAACUCUAGCCAGGCAGGGUGCUUCUUGCCGGAACUCGCAAAUGCUUCCGACACAGUUUCCUGUAUCACACUUGCUAGAACUUGUAAUUAUCUGAGUGGGUAGCUAGAAAUCUUAUUUUUCUUCAGUUCGCGUUGAUGCAGCCAACUGCAGUGGCAGCAAUUGGUCCCAUUCCUGUCUAUGUUUAGCUUGAUUCAGAGGAGAGAUGAGAGUAGAAGCGACGUUAAUCAUUGUGCUUCACACCAUACUGUCUACCCUGUUGGUCAGCUAUGUUAGUGCUACGCUGUCCAAGACUGAUGCCAAGAAGAAGGACUCCAAAACACAGGAGCCAGAGACGUCCCAGGCAGAGCGGUCGGUGCUGGAGCGAGGUCUGGUUGUUACUGACCCUCAGUGGAAGGACAUCGUAAAGGAGGAGAGGAGAUACUGCCAACAGACUGGGACUCACCACACGUUCCAAGGGCCCGUACUGGGGUAUAUAACUCCUUGGAACUCACAUGGUUACGAUAUUGCCAAGGUGUUCGGUUCCAAGCUGACCUCCGUGUCGCCAGUGUGGCUUCAGCUGAGACGGAGAGGACCAGAGAGCUUCCAUAUCACUGGUCUACACGAUCAUGACCCAGGUUGGGUAAAAGCUGUGCGGAAGGCAAACAAACAAAUCAAAAUGAUUCCUCGUCUGUUAUUUGACGUCUGGUCGUACCAGGACUAUAUGAGUGUUCUGGGCAGUGAGGAUGAGAUCGAGGAGCUGGGGACUGAGAUGGUGGACGUAGCUAAGACAGAAGGCUUCGAUGGCUAUACGCUGGAGCUGUGGAGUCAGCUGGGAGGGAACAAGCGAGUGGAGCUGGUCCACAUGAUUACACACAUCUGUGAGGCUCUUAAGGAGAAGAAGCUGGACUGUGUACUGGUCAUUCCGCCAGCCGUCACACCAAGUUCAGGCCAGCCGGGCAUGUUCGGGAGGGAGCAGUUUGAGCAGUUAGCUCCCGUCGUGGACGGAUUCAGUCUAAUGACCUACGACUUCUCCUCUGGACGACCGGGCCCCAGCUCCCCCCUACCCUGGCUGAGAGAAUGUGUUCUAGAGUUGUCCCCCAACAACCAAUGGAGACACAAGAUACUGCUGGGACUCAACCUGUAUGGACUGGACUUCUCCACCUACGGAGCUGAACCACUGCUGGGGGGCAGAUUCAGCUACAAGAGGAGCAAUGGAGUCAAGCAUGUGGUCUAUUACCCAACUCUGAAGUCUCUCCAUCAGCGUAUCUCUUUAGCCACUGAGUUAGGUACAGGAAUCUCCAUGUGGGAACUGGGCCAAGGGCUGGACUAUUUCUAUGACCUGUUAUGAGCCAGAGUAAGAGACUGAGGUCUUUGUUAGCGCAUCGAUAAUCCAGUACCACAUGUGCAAAUGGUAUGUAGUUCAUGGUAAUAUUUGCUGAGCCACUGAGCACCAACCAAGCAUGAGGAUUCUAUUACUUUUAUUUUUUUUAUGAAUGAGUGACGUGUCUUAUCUCAGGAAGAUCAUUGGAGACGGAGGCCAAGUUGUAUGUGGAGAAACUUGAAGCUGCCAACAUGGCAGGAGCAGAGAAAAGUCAUCCAUCAAAGCAGUUCAACUGGGGGUUGGUGACAGGGUUAUUAUGGGAUAUGUCACACACAAGGUGUUCAUGUUUUUAAAUGGAAAUAUCCAGAUGAAAAACGGUAAGAUAGGAAGUAUUCUACUACCAUGUUUAAGGACUGGUUUCCCAGACAUAGAUUAAGCCUAAUGUAGUCCUAAAUCUGAUUCAGGUCUAAAUCAGACAUCAGGCUGCUGCCCACUGCAGGAAUGUUUCUGAUUCAGGUCUAAAUC